AAAAAGUAACAAUUGACGUUUCAAUUUGGGGGCGGCUCAUUUUUGGGUUGAAUAAUUCUCUAAUGAGAAAAAUGCUGCCUACAUUACGUUGAAUUUCUAAAGGGAUGUAAUCGCUGAAUAGCAAUUACAUUGAAACCAAUUUUGAAAGAGUGUGAGGCCUCACCCACAAUGAUCGGGGGCUUGUUCGUUUAUAACCAUAAAGGCGAGGUGUUGAUCUCGAGAGUCUACCGAGAUGAUAUUGGCCGUAAUGCUGUGGACGCAUUCAGAGUGAAUGUGAUCCAUGCUCGCCAGCAGGUGCGAUCACCUGUUACCAACAUCGCACGCACAUCUUUCUUCCAUAUCAAGCGUGCAAAUAUUUGGCUGGCAGCAGUAACAAAGCAAAAUGUGAACGCGGCUAUGGUGUUUGAGUUCCUGUUGAAGAUCAUUGAUGUGAUGCAAUCAUAUUUUGGCAAGAUUUCUGAAGAGAACAUCAAGAAUAACUUUGUUCUGAUCUAUGAGUUGCUUGAUGAGAUCUUGGACUUUGGUUACCCUCAGAAUUCUGAUACUGGGGUCCUGAAGACAUUCAUCACUCAGCAGGGCAUCAAGUCUGCCUCCAAGGAGGAACAAGCCCAGAUUACCUCACAAGUAACUGGUCAGAUUGGCUGGCGCCGUGAAGGCAUUAAGUACAGACGAAACGAGCUGUUCCUUGAUGUAUUAGAGUAUGUCAACUUGUUGAUGUCACCGCAAGGUCAAGUGCUCUCUGCUCACGUGGCUGGGAAAGUGGUCAUGAAGUCAUAUCUGUCCGGGAUGCCAGAGUGCAAGUUUGGGAUCAAUGAUAAAAUCGUGAUGGAAGCCAAGGGAAAGGGAAAUGGAGGCAUAUCGGGUAACACGGACAGUGAUCCGGCUCGCUCUGGGAAGCCAGUAGUGGUCAUUGACGACUGUCAGUUCCACCAGUGCGUGAAGCUGAGCAAGUUCGAAACUGAACAUUCCAUCUCCUUCAUACCACCGGACGGAGAGUUUGAGCUCAUGAGGUAUCGCACCACAAAAGACAUAUCUCUGCCGUUUCGCGUCAUCCCGCUCGUGCGGGAGGUGGGCCGCACCAAGAUGGAAGUCAAAGUUGUGCUGAAGAGUAACUUCAAGCCCUCCCUGCUCGGACAGAAGAUCGAAGUGAAGAUUCCAACUCCGCUGAACACCAGCGGGGUGCAACUGAUUUGCUUGAAGGGGAAAGCGAAGUAUAAAGCCUCUGAGAACGCUAUCGUAUGGAAGAUCAAACGCAUGGCGGGCAUGAAGGAGACCCAGCUGUCUGCCGAGAUUGAGCUGCUCGAGACCGACACCAAGAAGAAGUGGACGCGCCCGCCCAUCUCCAUGGGGUUCGAAGUUCCCUUUGCACCCUCCGGAUUCAAGGUCCGCUACCUGAAGGUGUUCGAACCGAAACUGAAUUACUCGGACCAUGACGUCAUCAAGUGGGUGCGCUACAUCGGACGCUCCGGACUCUACGAGACCAGGUGCUGAGCGACGCGGGGUCGGUGAGUACUAAAUGGCUUCGUGAAUCGCAACGAGUACGAAUAUUUGAAAAAUACAACAAAAAAAACAAAAAACAAAACCAUACAAAUACAAUUUAAUGUAAUAGCUAUGCUGUAUAUAAUUUUACGUUUCAUUUCGAUUAGGGAAUAUUCAUAAUAAAAUAAUGUAAUAAUAUUUUAUUUUUAUUAUUUUGUUUAUUAGUAAAUUUAGCAUUUUAUUUUUAUUUCUUUGAAUGUCUUAAUUACAAAAAUGUUGCUUUUAUUUUAAAAUGUUUGAAAGGCACAUGGAAUAGACUACAGUCUUGAACAUUAAAAGAUAUACCCUAAGUAAUUAUUUUUAAUUUUCGUAUAAAAUCAAAUAAAAUGGUAAGGUUUCAAUUAUGUUUUAUUAAAAUAAAUAGUAAAGGCGUAGUUUUUAUUUAUUCAUUACAUCAUUACAAGUUUGUUUCUAGAAUUUUACUUUUAUAUAUAUAUAUAUUUUGUAUCAUACGAAUAACAUUUUAGCUAAUCUAAAUAACGAUAGCUCUGAAAACUACCAACCCGUCUGAUCUAGGCCGUCACAGAAGUAAUUACUAUUAAGUCGUAUAAAGAUUGUCACAGCUAUGUUUUAUGAGACAAAUAUUUAAAAAAAUUCAGACGGUAUUACAUAAAUAUAUAUUAUCGUGACGUAAGCGGUUUAGUUAAAAUAAAAUAAGCUUUUCCUAUGAUAGAUAAACCUUAAAGUUAGUCGGUUAUCUGUGUCGAAUCUCAAAAUGAAAAAUUAAAGCAUUUCUUGAGCUUUUCGAUGAAAAAUUAUGCAUAAAUAUAUUGUGUUAUUUGUAGCCAUUCCCGUAGAUGCUGUGAGUAUAUAGAAGUAGUUAUUGUUGUACGCUGUUCUACCUUAUAUAUUAAUUGAAUCUAUAGUUCGAACUUAACGUUAUGUCUAAAGUUGAAAAUCUAGGCAACAUAACUUCGAUUAAAUAUUUGAUUAUAUUUAUAAUUAAUAUAUUAUACCAUACUAAUAUAUUCGUGUAACAGUGUAGUGUGAAAGUAUAUAAUAAAGAAU